GUGCUGCGAAUUUGAUAUAAUUCAAUUACCUUUAAGUAAACGUUAAUGCGUUUGCCGCUGUGAGCGAAACUUUUUGUGGACUUAUUUAUAACAGCAAACACGUGUGAUGUUUUUGCACUCUACUGUGUACCUAACAGCAUAAAAUGGCUAGCCACAACAACAACAACGUUGUUGACCUGCGCUCGGACACCGUCAGUCAGCCGACCCCGGAGAUGCGGGCCCGCAUGGCCAGCGCGGUGGUGGGCGACGAUGUCUACGGCGAGGAUCCCACUCUCGCCGAGCUGGAGGCAAAGACAGCUGCAAUAUUCGGCAAAGAGGCUGGCCUAUUUGUGCCCAGCGGCACCAUGGGAAAUCUUUUAGCCGUUAUGGUUCAUUGCCAGCGACGCGGCUCGGAGGCCAUUGUGGGCGACUUAUCACACAUCUUUCUCUAUGAGCAAGGUGGCUCUGCGCACUUGGCUGGCGUGCAAUUAGCCACGCUAAGGAAUCAGCCGGAUGGCACCUUUAGCCUGGAAGAGCUGCGGCACAAGAUACGACAGUAUGAGGACUGUCAUGAACCGGUCACCGCAUUGGUUGUGGUGGAGAACACCCACAACAUUUGCGGUGGCAAGGUGUUGCCUCUUGCAUAUCUGGACGAGGUAGUGUCAUUGGUGCGCGAUUCAGGAUUGGGUGUUGUUCGCAUUGGCCUGCACAUGGACGGUGCUCGUGUGUUCAAUGCAGCAGCAGCUUUGGGCGUUAGCGUUGAGCGCAUCGCUCGUGGCUUUGACUCGGUCUCGGUGUGUCUGAGCAAGAGUUUGUCUGCACCUGUGGGCUCUGUAUUAGUUGGCUCUAAGAAAUUUAUUGCCGAAGCUCACCGACUCCGCAAAGCCUUGGGCGGUGGCAUGCGACAGGCGGGAAUCCUGGCGGCCGCUGGCUUAGUGGCCUUGGAAGAGGUGGUGCCGCUGCUGCCAGCAGACCAUGAUCGUACCAAGCGCAUUGCAAAAAGCAUUGAUCAGCUUCGGAGUCCCAAUAUAGUUGUGGAUCUGGCAACGGUGCAAAGUAACAUUUUGCUGAUACAGAUUAAGCAGCCAAAGUUGACUGCGAGUCAGUUUGCGGAACGCCUGGCUGUCAUCGAGCCCGAGGAACUGUUGGCUGGCGUAACUGGCCAUAACGGAGCGGGCAUUGUGCUGAAGGCCAGCGCGCGCAAUUGGGAGUUUAUGCGUUUAGUGCUGUAUCAUCAGGUAGAUGACGAACAGGUGGAUCUAGCUAUCAAGAAGCUCAGUUAUGUCAUCAAACAGUACGACGCACGCUGGCCCUAAGGCGAGCUUGAGCCCUGCCAAAUUUGAGAAAAGUUAAAAAAUAAGACAAAUUUGAUUUCAUUUUGGUCAUUUAAUUAAAAGCCAAAGCAAAAAUCUGAUGAAAUUCG